AAGCCCGCCCACUGACCAUUAUCAGCCCAGGCCUUAUAUAUGCAGCCUGUUGCUGUUGUUUGUGAGUACAAGACACUUUAGAGAGGACCAGCUCAAACCCACGGCCACACAACCACCAUCAUGAGGGAGAUCAAGAGCAAAGACUUCUGGAGGGCCGUUCUGGCCGAGCUGGUCGGCAUGACCCUUUUCAUUUUCCUCAGCAUCGCCUCGGCCAUCGGGAACAAGAACAACACCAGCCCGGACCAGGAGGUGAAGGUGUCGCUGGCCUUUGGACUGGCCAUCGCCACGCUGGCCCAGAGUUUAGGCCACAUCAGCGGAGCCCACCUGAAUCCUGCGGUCACUCUCGGGAUGCUCGCCAGCUGCCAGAUCAGCGUGUUCAAGGCCGUCAUGUACAUUGUGGCCCAGUUGCUGGGCUCGUCCCUGGCCUGUGGCAUCGUGUUCGGAGCACGUCCAAGCGACACUGCGGCACUGGGGCUCAACACUCUCAACGGCGUUACCCCCAGCCAAGGCGUGGGCAUCGAGCUGCUGGCAACCUUCCAGCUGGUGCUGUGUGUCAUUGCAGUCACUGAUAAAAGGCGGCGUGAUGUCACCGGCUCUGCACCCCUGGCCAUUGGCCUCUCGGUCUGCCUGGGACACUUGGCAGCUAUCAGCUACACAGGCUGCGGAAUCAAUCCCGCUCGCUCCUUUGGUCCGGCUUUGAUCCUGAACAAUUUUGAGAACCACUGGGUCUACUGGGUGGGGCCGAUGUGCGGCGGCGUCGCAGCAGCUCUCAUCUACGACUUCCUGCUCUCCCCCAAGUAUGACGACUUCCCCGAGCGCAUGAAGGUCCUGGUCAGCGGCCCCGUGGGCGACUACGACGUUAAUGGAGGCAACGAAACCACAAACGUGGAGAUGACGUCAAAGUAGCGCCGCGCCACCACUCGGUGCCGCUGCACGUGUCCAUACUCCUGUAAAAAGCUCUUGAAUUUAGUGUAGGAAGCCGGUGUUGUUGUGCUCUAUUUGUUUGAAAUACCAAUGAGGAUUGUGGUCAGGGGUCAGUUGGCGUCUCAUUGUCAUUCACUCCUUUGUUUGACCCAGCACACAAUUUGUAUUCAAACUGAUGAUCAAACAUACGAGACAAGGUGGCGAACGUCUUGACGGAGCAGUGUGUUGAAUUUAUUUCCCAUAUCAGUAUUCUAUGUUGAGCCAAGUUUGUUUUUUUUGUAUACUUAUUUCUAUUUUCUUGUAUCACUUUUGGUUUCUGAUGGAUGAUGUAUUGUGUGUGCACUCUUGAAAUGUCCCUCACUUUUUUAAGUAAAUAAAACACUUGCUGUUAACUAUU